AUGGACUGUAACUGUGUAAGUGACCUGCUGCUCACGCCACCUGUCCCAACCCUCUGGACACCAGGCAUCGCCUUCCCAGAUUGGGCCUAUAAGCCAGAGUCAAGCCCAGGCUCCAGGCAGAUCCAGCUGUGGCACUUCAUCCUGGAACUGCUGCAGAAGGAGGAAUACCAGGGGGUGAUUGCCUGGCAGGGAGACUAUGGUGAAUUUGUGAUCAAAGACCCAGAUGAAGUGGCAAGGCUGUGGGGUAUUCGGAAGUGCAAACCUCACAUGAACUACGACAAGCUCAGCCGAGCACUGAGGUACUACUACAACAAACGUAUUUUGCACAAAACUAAAGGCAAGCGCUUCACAUACAAGUUCAACUUCAGUAAGGUGGUUCUGGUGAAUUACCCACUGUUGGAUAUGGCCAGCUCUCCAUUCCUUCUGGCACAGAACCACUUCAAUGGAGGGGCAUCCACACCGGACUGUAGCCCUGUCACACCCGAGGCCCUUCAGUCUUUAUUCCCUCGUUUACCUGAAUCGGGUCGAGGGCCUUCCCUGUUUGAGCGUGGCGCAGGGGCCCCAGGGCCUGAAGGGGAUAAGCUGAGACUGGACACUUUCCCUUUCUUCAGCUCAGGGGCCCCUUGUUACUCUAAACCUCCAUCCCUGUUGGGUCCUUACGCAAGGAACACCUCUUUUGACUACCCCUGGGGCUUCAACCCCUAUCUCCCAGGGGCCUUUUCUCUGAACAACUGUCCCAAAUUGCCCCCGGGCUCCCUCUACUCCUCUCACUUCUACCCUAACCCACUACAGUCCAGCUUGUCUCAGCUACCACACCCCUUCUCCUCUCUUUUACCCCCCGGAGACACCACCGUGGCAGAACGUGCACAAACAGGAGGAACCAAUGGCUCAGCAACUGGUCAGCCUCCUAGACUCUGCAUCCCACCAUACCCAGGGACCCUGUCAGUGGGUCGGACUGAGCUGGGGAAUGGUGUUACUGGUGUAGGCGACCGGGAAAGAGGGGAAUCCAACACCGGGUUAGGCCUAGGCCUGGGUUUGGGUUUGGGCAGUGUUGGAGUGGGAAGUGGAGGAGGAGGUCGUCAGAGCCCUUCUGAGCGGAGAAAGGGUGUAAAGCAGGAUCCAGAGUCUGACUCUGAGCUGGAGAUCACAGAUCUGAGCGACUGUAGCUCCGAGAACGAGAACGAGCCAGACUUCUCUCUGGGGAAGGGGCCAGGGCUUGGUGGUUGCUCGCAACUCCUAGAGGCCAAAUCUGGGGGCCUCGGGGGCGUCUUGCCCCCUCUAUCCUCUCUUCCUCCACCUGUGUCUCCACAUCCCCUUAAAAGCCUGGUGCCCCUGACUCCUUCACCUCCAUCCCUCUCACCCUCGCUCUGUAUGGUUGACAGGCACAGGGAAACAGAGACACCUAAACAUAUUGCUCACAGUUAA